AUGCGUUACCCAGUUACUACAGCAAAAGUUGUGACAAAGGAAAGCGAAACCACUACGUAUUCUGAUACGAAGGUAACCCGUGGGCCGUCCGGCAAGCCUAAGCUGAUCUUGUCCUGGACCCCAGGGCCCGGAUGGGACUACAUGCACCUCAGGGACUACGCCAAGCCGGUCUUUAAAUCCCUUGGCUGUAAAAUAGACAACAGUAUCUACACUGAGGAUAAGUCUUUGGCUGAUAAAAGCGACGCUUUUGUUUUUAUAGCCAGAAGUUUGGGAAGGAAACCUAAAAAACUGCCUCACCAGCGCUGGGUGUGGGUGACGCACGAGAGCUCAUGUUACUCCGGCGAGGCCGGUGGUGCUUGGGCGGGAAUGUUUAAUUGGACGAUGACAUUUCGGCGAGAUUCCACAAUUUUCACACCGUAUCAGUAUGUUGUGGAGCGGGAAAAACCUCUUGUCAAGAAUUUCACGGCAAUAGCACUGAAGAAGACGAAGUUAGUGGCUUGGGUGGUCAGUAACUGUCACACUAAGAGUAAUCGAGAGAGGUACGUCGCAGAGUUAAAGAAGCACAUCCCCGUUGACGUGUACGGUGGGUGUGGUCCGUUAAAAUGUUCCAAACGGGACAACGAAAGAUGUCUGGAGAACAUUAAUACGAACUACAAGUUUUACCUGUCCUUUGAGAAUAGUAUCUCAACGGAUUAUGUCACAGAGAAAUUUUGGAAAAUGUUGGAUCGAGACAUAGUGACGGUUACGAGAGGUCCGGCCAAUUAUUCCAGGGUUGGAAUAAAACCCGAAUGGCAUAUCAAUACGAACGAUUUUAAAUCUCCAAAAGAUUUAGCAGCCUAUCUGAAAUAUUUGGACAAAAAUGUGACGGCUUAUAAUUAUGUUCAAUAUUUAGAGUGGAAGAAUCAGUACACCACAGGGAACCGACUGAAGGCGUACUGCGACCUCUGUGCCAAGUUAAACGACCCCAGUGAGCCAGUCACGUGGUUCCAGCCAGGGACGCUGGCCAACUGGUUUAACAAGGGUCACUGUAUAGAACCCAAAUACUUGAAUUUUAAACGCAGAAAAAGACGCCAAACAGACACUUUUAUAUAUUAA